AUAUACGGAGCGGAUCCCUAUACAAAUUCAUUCGAUCAAAUACUCAGAACUGUUCGGUUUUUCUGGAAAUUUUUCUUCUCUCAGCCAUCUCUCUCUCUCUCUGCGUCCAUGGAGUUUUGGGGUGUUGAGGUGAAAAGUGGAGAAUCUCUCAAGGUUGAUCCGGGAGAUGACAAGAUUAUCCACCUUUCAAAUGCAUGCCUGGGGGAUGUCACUAAGGAUAAAGAAGGUCUACCAGUAGCCCUGUAUGUCAAGUUUGGUAACCAAAAGCUUGUACUUGGAACGCUUUCUUCUGAAGCUUUUCCUCAGAUAUCUUAUGAUUUGGUAUUUGAGAAGGAAUUUGAGCUAUCCCAUAACUGGAAACAUGGAAGUGUCUUCUUUACCGGAUUUAAAGCUCAAUCUCAGUCAGAGUCUGAUAAUGAUGAAGAUUCUGAUGAUUUUGAUGAAGAUAUUCCAGUUAGUGCUGCCAAUGGUAAACCUGAGAUUGAGGUGAAGAAUGGCAUCAAACCUGAUGCAAAUGAAGCUAAACAGAAGAAGAUAGCAAAUGGUGAAGAUGAAGAUUCAUCCGAAUCUGAAUCUGAUGAUGAUUCAAGUGAAGAUCAGCUCACAGCGAAUGGUGACAUAGAAAGUAGUGAAGGUGAUGAUGAUAGCGAUGAUGAGGAGGAGGGGGACGAUGAAUCUGAUGAGGAGACACCCAAGAAGAUUGAAGCAAGCAAUAAGAGGGGUAUUGACUCUUCUAAGAAAACGCCUGUUCCUGUGAAGAAGACAAAAUUUGUUACUCCUCAGAAGACUGAUAGCAAGAAUGUUGUCCAUGUUGCAACUCCUCACCCUUCUAAGCAGACUGGUAAAGCAACUGCUAAUAACAAGCAGCAGACUCCGAAGUCAGGUGGAGAUUACAGCUGCAAGCCUUGCAACAGGUCAUUUAAGACAGAAGAUGCCUUAAGUUCUCAUAACAAGGCCAAGCACAGCACUAAGUGAAGGCUUGCUUUUUGCCCGAGCAGUGACAGUGAGUGUUGAUGUUUCUGGUGUUGGAUGAUUGUGUGAAAAAACAGUUUAGUUGAUGUAGGAAAGCUGGGCUUAGUGAUUUUCAACUUUGAUUGGAUCAACUUGAGUUUGUGGUAACUGCGCUUUGACCUUGAUCCCAUGUCGGCCUUCUUUCAACCGAAUCUCUUUGUGAUGAAAUGCGUAAAUACUCCCUGCAACUCAUGAAAUAAGUAUUCCUGACUAAGUCAACUGGGAUUUAACGUUGCUAAACCAUCAACUAAUUGGGAGCUUUUUUUAUCA